AUGACAUACCUCGGUGUCAUUAUGGAGGGGAUUCCUACUAACAACACAAUCGACUCCAAUUCCUACUCACACCUUCGUGUGAAAGUCGGCAGGGUCGGUGGUGUGAUAACACUGAUUAUCAUCCUGGCGUUUAUUGUUGAUAUGUGGUGGAAACAGGCCUGGGAUAUUCGCAGUGCGGAUUCCGGUGACGCGCGAUCUGGAGCAGUCACUCCGUAUCCGUUGGAGUUUCACCAAGCAACGUUGACUACGACCUCAAGAGUCGAAUCCAGGUCCAAGUUCAGGAAAAACUUCGACUUCAUUAUCUAUGUUGCCUCCCGAUCGAGAAAUUUCAACAACAGGACAACAUACAAGUGCAUCCGUCGACAUGGGAUGGAAAGAUUGAACAGCUCGGCGACUGGUACACGGCAUGAGCGCGGUGAAAAGCCUGCUGCCCCAGCGACGAUUGGGUCAGAGGAGGAAUACUAG